UCGAACGUCAGAAAGAAGACUUCUAUUAAAUUUCUAAAUAUGUCUACCAUCAGUAGGCCAAAAAACUGCGCCGUGUACAAAUCGAAGGUGUCGCCUUCCCGAAGAGUGAAGAAUAUUUUAAAACCUCUUAUAAACCAUAUAUUCAAACUAACAGAGUCGAAUCAGCCGAAACGCAGCUCUUACAUCCCAUCGGAGAGAAAGGAAGCGGAGUUCGAGUGGCUUAGCAACGACAUGGAUAACAUGGCCAAUGAGCAGUUGGAAAAGCGUCUUAUCGAUGAAAUACGUCAAUGUGCCAAAGAAGAUGCUAUUAUUAUAUACAACGAAUUUGACUCAGGAGAACUCCACACUAUGGGUACAGAUGACUUCUAUGUGCCUGUACAUUUCGCUAGCACUAACACUGGCACUUUCUUUUGGACUUCACUUCAGCCAAAAACCGCCGAACCGUAUGCCAUUGAGUGGAAUUUUUUGGACCGUUGGGCUCAAGCUUGAACAAGAACCCUGAUAUGGGGGCUAUGUUAAGCAUAGUCUUUUGGGGGAUUCAUUCUUUGCAUUUGGACUUCUUAGACCAGGAUGAGCUUAUUAAUGUUUGGGUACUUCGACAUUGAGUUCAUCAAUUGGAGACAACGUUCACGUUUCAAGUAGUUUCGCGAAUUUUAAGCUUGCGUCUUAAAACAAGAAGGAAACUUAUUCAAUUAGCAGAGCUUAUGGCAAUUAUAUUUUUCUUUGUGCUAAGAGAAUGUAAACAAUUGUAAGCUGGCCUAAAUUAAAGUAGUCUACAAUGUAUGUAUAUUCUACGCAAAAAAAUAAACUAAACUUAAAGUAAUAAUUUUUGCUUCAGCAAAAACAGAUUUCAAAAACAUUGAUGUAAUUUUUAAUUUUAAUCGAUAUUAAAUGAAAUGCUGCUUUCGCAUUAAGAUAUUGUUUAUGUAUGCGUGCCAAUCACUGCAUGGAUGUACACAUACAAAGGGAAUGAAGAAACAGAAAAUCAAUACAUAUACAUAUAGCAAUAUAUUAAGAGACAAAGUGAAACUUAGAAGGUUUUGUCUGUGCAUUGAUAAGUUUAGUUACAGUAAAAGAGUUUGUAUCAUGUAAAUAUUUUGAACAGGGACUUUUUUGUGCAUAUAUUACUUUAAAAUACAUACAUAAAUAGUAAGUACCCUGCAGUACGCGUCUGCGGAGACUCUCCGUCGAGUUUGCGGGGACAUGUCCGCUGUCUUGGGGGACAUAGCGGCGACACGCUCAUUUAAGUUGCGGCGACAUUUAACAUUAGAUGACCUAGCAAUAAGGACAAUCGGGACAACUGAGCGACAAAGUCGACGGUAUGUCCGCGGAUGGUUUUUCGAAAAUGUUUUGAGGGACAUUUGCAAAGAAAUUUCCUCUGAACGUCGACGGUAUGUCGGCAGGUCUUCUUUGCGUUCGUGUCAGAGGACGUUCCAGCGACAUUUGCUUUGAAUGUCGACCGUUGAUCGAUGGAUUUUCUUUGCAUGCGCGUCAGAGGACGUUCCAUCGACAAUUGCGUUGAAUGUCGACCGUUGAUCGAUGGAUUUUCUUUGCAUGCGCUUCAGAGGACGUUCCAUCGACAAUUGCGUUGAAUGUC